AUGACGAGGCACAACUCAUACACAGACCUCCUAAUCAUCGGCGCUGGACCAGCCGGCCUCAUGGCCGCUUGCUGGGCCUCGCAGUAUGCAAUGACAACCCGACUCAUCGAUCAAAAGAGUGAGCGCACAAAGGCAGGACAUGCGGAUGGUAUAAACAGUCGAACUAUGGAGAUUCUUGAUAGUUUUGGCGUUGCGGAUGUAGUCAUGCGUCAGGCGGUUGGCAAUAUGGAUGCGUCAUAUUGGGGUCUUGAUGAGAACACGGGACAUAUCCGACGAAUAAAAUGCCAGCCAUCGCAGCCACAGGAGCUGUCUCGAUUCGAUCAGAUGUUGUUGAAUCAGGGUGCCAUUGAACAGAUUCUGAUUGAUUAUCUCCACUCUAAAGGACGUGUACAUGUGGAGAGAGGGCGCAAGGCUGAGGAUUUGGAGUUGCCUGAUGGUUCCGAUCAGAAUGGAGACGAUGCAUUUCCUGUUCAUGUUCGUGUUAUAUCUGCCAAUGGAGAAGACGGCCAAUCUGACAAUGCCGAAGUCAUUCACGCACGAUACGUGAUCGCCUGCGAUGGGGCGCAGAGUUGGACCAGCGCACAAUUAAAUGUCGAUUCCGAUGUAUGGAAAACGGAGUCCACAUGGGGUGUGAUGGAUAUUGUUCCAGAUACAGAUUUUCCCGAUAUUCGACGAGCGUGUGCGAUCCAAUCCGGUGACGGUGGCAGCAUGAUGGUGGUCCCUAGAGAGAAUAACUUAGUUCGGUUUUACUUGCAAAUGAAUGGUGGUGAGGGAAGGAGCCCAAAUGGGCCCGAUAAGUCCGAAGGAUCUUUAGAAGACUUGAUAGAUAUGGCCGAGAGGGCACUUAGGCCUUACAAGCUGGCGUACAAGCAUUGUGACUGGUGGUCUCUUUAUCCGAUAGGACGGCGAUUGAUAAAGCAAUAUCACGUUGACCGAAUAUUCUUCGCUGGUGACGCUGCCCAUACCCAUUCACCAAAGGGCGGACAAGGCAUGAAUAUCUCCAUGCAAGACUCAUACAACCUAGUAUGGAAGAUAGCAGCCGUCAUCACGGGAAGCGUGGACCCAGCAAUCCUAGAAACCUACCAGUCGGAGCGGCGUCCGGAGGCCGAGCAGUUGAUGGAAUUUGAUACCCGCCUUGUCUACGCUUACGAAGAAGGCAGCAUGGAGGACGGUAGUGAAGAUGGAGUUGAAGCGGUUCGCGACAAGUAUGCCGGCUUCAUGGCUGGUGUGGCAGUGACAUAUUCCCCUAGCAUCCUUGUCAGCAAUUGCGAAAGUAAUACAGCUGUCACCCGAAAUAUUCAGCUUGGUAAACGGCUGCCGUCGUACCUAGUCGUUGGCCAGGAAGACGGCUGUGUUGUUCAUCUAGCCCAGAAACUGGACAGCAACGGCUGCUGGAGGUUACUGAUUUUCUCGGGCGACUUGCAUAGUCCCGGCAUUCGGGAUCGGCUAUCGCGGUUUGCGAAGGAAUUCAGUGGCCGAUUGAACAGCCAGCUUGGCCUACAGUCGACGAAGAUCUCACAAGUCUUGGAGACAUUCUUAAUUCAUUCAAGUCCAAGAUCGUCUUUUGACAAGUCAGAACUUCUGGGGCUUUUUCAUCACUUCGGCACGGAGCUCGGAUGGGACCAUGCGAAGACAUUCGCUGAUGAUCCCUCGUAUCAUGGGGAUACAGGACAGGCGUACCAACAGUACGGCAUCGACAAGCAAAGAGGCGGUCUCAUUGUUUGCCGACCGGAUCAACAUGUUGGCUGGACUGGGGAUUUAGAAGAUGUAGAGGGUCUAGAAAAGUACUUCUCCAGGUUUCUGAUUAGAAGGGAAAGGGCAUGA